AUGGAUAAGUUUAAAAGAUGCAAGAAGAGAAACUUUAGGAGUCUCAUAAAGAAUACCAAGUCGUUAAUUAAGAGAAAGAAUAAGAACCAGUCAAAGAUACAUAAAAGCAAUAUUUUAACAAAUGAAUUUAUAACAAAUAUAAUUAUAAAAUACGUAAGGAAGAGUAGUGUAGGGAACGCAAAUGGUAGUUCCACUUUUGAUGAGUAUAUGUCACAUGGGGGAAAUACUACUGAAUGUAUAAAAGAAAAAUUAUUUAGCAAAAAAGAAAUUGUUGAAACAGAUAUAAUAAAUAAUUGUUUAAUUUUUGAUAAGAAUGAAACACUGAAAAGUAUUAGUUAUAAAAUUCUUUAUGGUAUUAUUAAAAAGUGUGUAGAUCAUGAAAAUGUAUUAAUGAAAAUAGAAGAACUUGGGUUUUCAGCUGAAAAUAUAAAAGAUAAAAAUGAUGACAAUAUAAAUAUAUGCUCAAAAUAUAAAGUAGAUACUUUUUUUAAUUAUAUAUAUAAAAGUUUAAAAGUUAUAAAAUGUUCAAACAAUUUUAAUGUAUUAUGCAAAUUAAUGAAUGUUAUAAAAUAUGUUAUCCAUGUCUUGCCAUAUAUGUACAAAAUAAAAUUUUUGUUUUUUUUUUGUUCCAUUUUUAAUAUAUAUCAAAAGCUACACGAGAGGGGAAACCAUGGGGAUAAUAUAGCGAAUACAAAAAAGGCAAAAAAUGUAAAAACUGCAAAAAAUGUAAAAACUGCAAAAAAUGUAAAGGAUGAAAAUAGUGACAACUUCCCUUUUACGAAUGUGGAUGACCAUGAAUUCUUGAAUAUAUUUUUUGAACUAAUGAAUGAAUUAAUAAAUAUUAAUGAUAAUUACAAUUCUUAUGAUGAUAAUUAUAAAAUUUUUAACUUUUUCGUUUUACGCUGGAUGUUAGUGUAUUUUAAGAACAAAUACCACUUUUUUUCAAAGAAGAAUAUUUGUUCCCGAACCAAAUCAAAAUAUGCUAUUCUUUUACUUACAGUACUAAAACACUUGCAUGAGAGUAUGAGCUUCGAUGUGCGAAGGGAGUUUAACGAAAGUGAACAGAAAUAUUACUUAUUAAGUGGUGGUCCAGACAUAGCAACAGAUGUAGAAGUAAAUGGAGGGGCAUACGUAGAAGCAAAUGCCGCUGCACAUAUAGUAGCAGAUAUAGCAGAAGACGUGCACGACGAAGGGAGAGCAAGCGGCGUUGACCAUUUGAUAGAGAGGAAAAAAAAUGGGCAUUCAAAUAUAACGAAUUAUAUGGACAUCUUAUGUAACAAUAAAAGUGUUGGAAGUGAGAAAAUAAAAAAUAAUAAGGCUGAAAUACAAAACAUGAUUGAAAUUUUUUAUGAUAAGGUGGAUUUAAAAGUAGAAAAAAAAUUGAAAGAAGUGAAAGAUACUAUGAACAUUUUAACGCAAAACAUUUUUAUCAUCAUUUAUAAUUUAUUUAGCAAUAUGCAUAUUAUACAUCAGCACAUAGUAUUAUUAUAUUUUUCUUUAGAUUUUUUAAGAAUAUGUGAAUAUGAGUACUCUUAUUUUAUUAUUUUUAAUUCAUUCCAGUUUUUAAAUAAAUUAUUAACUGUUCAGAAUUUUUUAAUUCAUGCACCAUUAUUUAUGGCUGUUCAAGAAGUUUUCACAUUUUAUGAAAAAAUAAUUAUUCAUUUGUACAAGGAAAAAAAUGAUGACCUAAAUGAAGAGUUUUAUCACUUUGUUGACUUGUUCAAUAAUAAGCAUAAGAGUAUGUAUGAAGAUGUAAUAAAAAGAAUAUGGAGUUUGUAUAUGUUGAUAAUUUCAGAUGAAUAUAUGAAACGAAAGGAUAAAAAUUUGAAGGAUAAUUCAUAUGUUAAUGUGCAUGUUGAGCAACAUCAACAAGUGUAUGCAAAUAAUAUGAACGAGGUAAAAACAUUUUUAAAAAUUAAGUAUUUUGAAUUUUCAAAUGAUUAUAGAAAUUAUAUACUAACAAAUGUUAAUGAAACAUAUAAAAAUAUAUUAACUAGUUGUUUAACAAAAUCGUUUCGUAUAUUAGGUUUGAAUUAUUUUUUCGAAGAAUAUUUUUUUUUUUCAAAUAAUGAAUUAUUAGCUAAGGAUAUAUUUAUAUUAAAUAAAAUUCUUAAGGAUACAAAUAAAUUAUUUUACGGCGGUAAUUUAAAAUUUGUAAUGAAUUUUUUUUACCCUUUAUUAAUGUGUUAUAUUAAUUUAUAUGAAAAAGAAGAAAAAUAUAGUGUAAGGAGCAAACUAUUUUUGACAUAUAUAAAAAAUGUGUUAAUUCAUUUAACUCGGUCAAUGAAUGAUUGUAUUAAUUUAUACUAUUUCAUGUCAACAAAAGUUGAAGAUUUUUAUAUAUUAGUUACUAAGCUUACAAAUUAUGAUGAUUUUAAUUUAUUACCACUUUUAAUUAAUUUUUUUGAGCAUUUUUAUUUGUCUACGUUAAAAAUAAAUGAUGAGGUUGAAUGUUUUUCAGGUUUUAUAGGUGUUGAAAAAAUGAAGAAUAUUAAAUGUAAAUACACAAAUAUAAAUUUAAAAAAAAAUAAUUUUUUUUUAAAUUAUAUAUCAGACAAUUUGUUAAAAAUUUUUAUUCCAAAAUUUGUCUCUAUUGUAACUUUUUGUUUAAAUCAAAAAUUUUCAUCUACUACUACAUUAGUGCAGGAAAAUAUGGUAAAUAUACAUACGACUAUAGAGAAAUUUUCCGACUUGAUACGUGUGUGCUUAUACUAUACGUCAACUACAGAUUUUAAUGAUAUUAUAGUUAUACUAGAGCAACAUAUAUUAAGAAAUGAAAUUGAAAAGAAUAUAAUUUCUGUAAUUAGCUUGCUACUAGUUUUAAAAAUGUUCACCCCUUUUUUUUCAUAUGAACAACUCAAGUUAUGCUCUACGUAUUAUGAAAAGUUAAUUCAUUUUAUAGGGGUUGAAUUGAGGAAGAAAUCAUCUUAUUUUGCUUUCAUUAACUGCAAAAAUUUUAUGUCUAAAUUGAAUGAUAGUAAUGAUAGGCACAUUAAUUUAACGAGAGGAGAUGAGACAAACAAACAGGAGGUCAUAAGGGACUCCUUGUAUUAUAAAUCUGUUCAAAUGUGUAGUAAUGUUGUGGAUGAAUUACCCACCACUUCCAACCAGUUCAGUGGUCUCAGUAAUAUUAGCAAAGAUAAAAAGGAUGCGCUUUUUUUGGAAAGUAAUAAUGUUUAUGAUAUAGGCAAAUUCGACAAGAAUAUAAAUAGUAAUAGUAACAGUAGUAACAGUAAUAGUAAUAGUAAUAGUAGUAACAGUAAUAGUAAUAGUAACAGUAAUAGUAAUAGUAAUAGUAACAGUAGUAAUAGUAACAGUAGUAAUAGUAACAGUAGUAAUAGUAAUGGUAAUAAUGAUAGCCUAAAUGGCAACACGAACGUUUUUCAGGUUAUGGACAGUGGAGCUGUAGAGGGGGAUGUGAGUCUAUUUAACACGAUACAUGCAGAUAAUGAGGAGAGGGAAGGACACUCAUCUUAUAAUUACAAAUAUAAUGAUAUGCGAAAGGAAGAAGAGGGGGGAGAAAAAAAUGCACGAACAAGUAACAAAAUUAAAGAAGUUAUUAGAAGAAAAAGGGGUGGUGAAAAAAAUAUCCGAAAAAGAGAUAAAAUUAAAAAAGGUAUUAGAAGAGAGGGAGGGGGAAAAAAAAAUACACGAAAAAGUGAAAAAAUUAAAAAAGGUAUUAGAAGUGAGGGAGGAGAAAAAACAAAUUUACGAAAAAGAGUCGAAAAAUUAAGAAAAAUAAAAAUUAAGAAAGACUUAAAGAGCGUUAUAGAAAAACUCAUAUAUGCAAGAAUCUUAAUAUUUGAUAAUGUUUCUGCGUUGUUUCAGUGUAUUGCUAACAUUUUUUUAAAGGAAAUGAAAAAGGAUAGUAGUAGUAACAGUAGUGAUAAGAGAAGUUUUAUAAAUUCUGAAAAAUGUGAUAUUAUGCACCGUUUGAAUAGUAGAGAGUUGAAUAUAUAUAACAACAUAUAUGUGGGAUACAAAAUAAUAGAAAAUAAUUUACCUACAAUAAUGACAAGAAAGAACAUUUUUCUUUUUUUUGAAAAUAUUUCUAAUUAUAAUAUAAAUAAAUAUAUUAAAAAGUUUUAUAUCUAUUUAAAUAAUUUAACAUUAUAUUUAAAAGUAUGCAAAGGUUUGGAUCGAAACUACAGUUAUGAUUUGUUUUGUGCAUUAUUACCCAUAAUAAUGAAAUCAUUAUUUUACAUAAAUAAAAAAUUUACCACAAAAUUAAGAAAAAAUAAUUUAUUUGAAAAUAUUGUAUAUAUUGGAAAGGAAAACGUAAAAAAUAUCCUUUUACAUGUGACUCCAGGUUUGUUAGUACAAAAACAUAAUUGUAAAAAAAUAGCAAUAUAUAUAUUAUAUUUAUUAGUAAAGAAGUAUAAAAUAGAUUAUGAGGACCAAGUGCAGUUGUUUAAGGUGUGCAUAGCUCUAUCGAAUGAAAAUGAGAAAAGUGUACUAAAGGUCCUUCUGAAAUUUCUUUUGAUAUGUGUGGAUGUAUUUAAUAAAGAUGUUGUGAUAAGCAAUAUAACGGGGUUAAUGAAACUGCUUAACAGUGUUUUGAUGAACCGCAUGUUUACAUAUUUAGUGGAGAAAUUUAUUUUAAAACUGCAUGAUUUGGUAGAACAGGGGGAUGCAAUAGUGAAAGGAAUAGGAGAAGAUCGAGUAGCAGUAAAAAUGGUUGAAGUGGAGGAGGUAUCAAGUAAUGGCCUAUCGGGGAAGACGCUGAUUAAUUAUCUGGAAAAACCGGGGGUAAAAAUUUUCAAAAGGUUAAUAGCAAAUAGGCAAACAAGUGGAAGAAGUAAUAGAAGUGGUAACAGUAACAAUAACAGUAGGAGUGACAAAUGCAACUACAGUGUUAGUACCAGUGGUAAUGGCGCUUACAGUGAUGCGAGAAAUGGGCUUAUGCCUGUAAAGAUGAAUGGAAAAAAAAGAGUACCAAGUGUACACAUGUUAUACGCAUCAUCGGACUAUAGUUUAGACGAUAUGUCGAAAGAACACUACGAAGAUAUAUCAAACGAUUCAGAUAAUAGUGAACUAAAUUUGAGAGAUGACAAUGAUGAAGUUGAAACAAACGGAGGUGAACAAUUGAAGAACCAAGGGAGAGAAAUUUUUGUCAAGAGUAAAAAAGAACAAAGAAGGAGCAUUAGCAAAGGGAAAAUGAGUAAGGAGAAUAAGAGCAAUAAUAACUUUAUUAAAAAGAAAAAUGAAAAUAAAUAUAUUGCAAAUUCAUUUUUUGAAAGAUUACAACAAUGUAGAGGAGAAAAAGAGACUACAUAUAUAAAGGAAACAUUAAAUAAAAUUGUGUUAAGUAAAAAAAACAAAAUUAAAAAAGUGAUAUAUUAUAAUAAAAAUAUCUGUGAAAUACUUUAUAAUAUCCAAAAAUGUGUUUUAAAAAAAUCACAAAAAAACUUGAGUAUCAUUCCCCCUUUAACAAAUCAAAAAGAAAUAAACAAUUUAUUUGGUGAAAAUUAUUUUAUCAAGAAAAAUAUAAAUAAAGAAAAAAAAAAAUAUAUACAAGAAGAAGACAGUCUUAGUAAUUCGGAUGAGGAAAAAAUUGUAGGAGUUAGUAACGAUGGAAAGAUAAUUAUUCGGGAUGUCUAUUUGCAUUCAAACGAUUUGAAGAUGAAGAAAAAGAAAAGUGAUGAUAUUAUAAAUAAAAAAUAUAACCUAAUGAAUGAAAAACAGAAUAUGCACUACAAACUUAAGUCCAAUAAGAAAGGAAAAAAUAAAAAGAACGCAGAUCUGUUCUUUACAGGAAGUAAUAAUUUAUAUAAAUCAAAGAAAGGAAAAGGGGAUAUUAUUAAGAAAAAUAAGCCACUACCUUACUCUUAUGUUCCUUUAAAACCAAUUAUGACUAGAGAUAAAUUUAGGGAAAAAACGCUUCAUGCCUUUAGGUCUAUUAAAAAUAAUGCAAAAGGAAAAGGAAAAAAAAAAAAAAAUUAA